CACUGCUAUCACCCGAACAAUCCGUAUGGCAUCACGGGUUGACCCCUCCCUCGCGGCCAUCGAACCUUCUCGAACCUUCUAUUGGUCGACCGCUGCGGUCAACGUCACACGUCACCGCAGGCUCACCUGAAAGCCGCCGGUGCUGCACUAUACAUCAGCCCUCGUCCUCACACCUGGCUUCUCCGCUAAUCCUUCAGAUACAUCAUUCACUGUGCCUUAUGUCUUGAAAUCACACCUAUAUAACCUACAUUAACACCCGUCGAUAUACUCUGAUCGGAUCGCGGAUCGCUGAAUCUUCUACGUCAUUCGAGACUCUGCUCCCCUCCCCUCGAUUCUCCCAUCUCACCCCGUGGUGUGACCCCCUCGUGGUGUGCUUAUAUGGUGUCUGGACUCGCCAAUUAGAGCUGUGCAUCACAUUUCUACCGCGUCUGUCGAUUUCGUGAUUCCCGUUCCUUUGACCUAUCUUCUGGCCCUCGCCAAUCGACUCCACAAUGGUUGCAGAAACGAAACUCUACGAUGCCCUCUCGAUCAGGCCCGAUGCCUCGCAGGACGAGAUUAAGAAAGCUUACCGUAAGGCGGCAUUGAAAUAUCACCCCGACAAGAACAAGGAUAACCCGACCGCCUCGGAAAAGUUCAAAGAGGUGUCCCAGGCAUACGAGGUUCUUUCCGACCCUGAAAAGCGAAAAGUUUAUGACCAAUUCGGCCUUGAAUAUCUCCUUCGUGGUGGUCCCCCACCGUCCAGCGGCGGCGGUGGUGCCGACGGUCCCAACCCCUUCGAAGGUGGCAUGCCCGGCGGCUUCUCGUUCGGCGGCAUGCCUGGCGGCGGCGGUGGCGGUACCCGGACAUUCCACUUCUCGACUGGUCCCGGCGGCGGCGGCAGCGGGUUCCGGUUCAGCAAUGCAGACGAUAUCUUCCGGAACUUUGCCAAAGGCAGCAUGGGCGGUAUGGGUGGUGGUAUGGGCGGCGGUAUGGAUGAUGACGAUAUCUUCUCGAUGCUGGGAGGUGGGCUCGGCGGCGGUCGGAACUUCCGGAAUAGUCGCGGGCCUAGCGGAUUCAAGCAAUCGUCGCAGCGCGCGCCCACGCCCGAGCCUACGGUCAUGGAGAAGGAGCUGCCGCUGACGCUGGAGGAGCUGAUGCGCGGUACGACCAAGAAGGUGUCCGUCAAGAGCAAGACGUUUGAUGCGAGCGGCAAGCGCACCGUGCAGGAUGUGACGCUGGAAGCGAAUAUCAAGCCGGGUCUGCGGACCGGCUCGAAGAUUAAGUACCGGGGAGUAGGCGAUCAAGAGGAGGGUGGUCGGCAGGACGUACAUCUGAUUGUGACUGAGAAAGAACACCCCAACUUCAAACGCCAAGGCGACAACCUCGUCACAACAGUCGAGCUCAGUCUGAAAGAAGCGCUUACCGGCUGGGAGCGCAUCGUGCGCACAAUUGACGGCAAAUCUAUCCGAGUAUCCAAGCCCGGCCCGACACAGCCCGGACACGAAGAACGAUUCCCAGGAUUGGGCAUGACGAUCUCGAAGAAGCCCAGCGAGCGCGGCGAUCUGGUGGUUCGGGUGAAUGUGCGGUUCCCAGCUAGUCUGAGCGCGUCGCAGAAGGACAUUCUCAAGGACGUUCUCCCGUGA